AUGGGCGACUGGAGUUUCCUGGGGAACAUCUUGGAGGAGGUGAAUGAGCACUCCACGGUCAUCGGCAGAGUCUGGCUCACUGUGCUUUUCAUCUUCCGGAUCCUCAUCCUUGGCACGGCCGCAGAGUUUGUGUGGGGGGAUGAGCAGUCCGACUUCGUGUGCAACACUCAGCAGCCUGGCUGCGAGAACGUCUGCUACGACGAGGCCUUCCCCAUCUCGCACAUCCGCCUGUGGGUGCUGCAGAUCAUCUUCGUCUCCACCCCGUCCCUGGUGUACGUGGGACACGCCGUGCACCACGUCCGCAUGGAGGAGAAGCGGAAGGAGCGCGAAGCAGAGGAGUUGGGCCAGCAGCCCCCGGGCAACGGCGAGAGGGCGCCGCCUGCCGCAGACCAGUGCAGCAUCAAGAAGGGCGGCGGCGGCAGCAAAGGCACCAAGAAGUUCCGGCUGGAGGGGACUCUGCUGAGGACCUACAUCUGCCACAUCGUCUUCAAGACCCUCUUCGAGGUGGGCUUCAUAGUGGGCCACUACUUCCUGUACGGUUUCCGGAUCCUGCCCCUCUAUCGCUGCAGCCGGUGGCCCUGCCCCAACGUGGUAGACUGUUUCGUGUCACGGCCCACGGAGAAAACCAUCUUCAUUCUGUUCAUGUUGUCUGUGGCCUCUGUGUCCCUCUUCCUCAAUAUUCUGGAGAUAAGUCACCUGGGCUUGAAGAAAAUCCGAUCUGCCUUGAAGAAGCCGGCAGAGCAGCCGCUGGGGGAGGUUCCUGAGAAAUCCCUCCACUCCAUUGCUGUCUCCUCCAUCCAGAAAGCCAAGGGCUACCAGCUCCUCGAAGAAGAGAAAAUCGUGUCCCACUAUUUCCCUCUGGCUGAGGUCGGGAUGGUGGAGACCAGCCCACUUUCUGCCAAGCCUUUCAGUCAGUUCGAGGAGAAGAUGGGCACAGGGCCCCUAGGGGACCUGUCCAGGGCUUACCAAGAGACACUGCCUUCCUAUGCUCAGGUGGGAGCACAGGAGGUGGAGGGAGAGGGGGAGGAGCAGCCUGUGGAGGAGGCAGCGGAACCAGAGGCAGGAGAGAAGAGUCAGGAAGCAGAGAAAGUGAGCACAGAAGGGCAGGAGACCACGGCAGUGCUGGAGGGGGAGAAAGUGGAGACCCCGAAGGUGGGGAAGGAAGCUGAGAAAGAAGAGCUGCAGGCCGAGAAGGUAUCAAAGCAGGAGCUGCCGGCUGAGAAGGCACCUUCUCUGUGUCCAGAGCUGAGCGGGGAUGACACCCGACCCCUGAGCAGGCUGAGCAAAGCCAGCAGUCGGGCCAGGUCAGAUGAUCUAACCAUAUGA